AUGCAUGCGUUAGUGAAAUUUAUAAUAAUUUCUUGCACAUUUUCGAUAUUAACGAAAGCUGCAGCGUUUGAUGAAACAACAAUUAGCGCAGAUGAAGAUACACUGGAGUUGAACACAUAUACGGACGACAUACUGGACGACGAUGAACAAGUAGCAGUGGCAAGUGACAGCAACAAUGUGAAGCGUAGUUUAGAGAAUAGCGCUGAAGUACACAAUGAUUAUUCAAAACAGCACCAUCACUCCGAGUUUAAACGACGCGCGAAGCCACUUAAAAGUAUUUUCAUGGGAAUUUAUAAGAACUAUAAGAGCACCUACUUGGGUAAUAAAACUUUAACGGAUUACAAGAACAAAUUACGUGAACGCACCGCUGCACCUGAUAUAACAACUGAAUCAGUAAUGAAACCAAAUACAUCCGCGUUAAGUGAAGGAGCUGAAGAUAGUAGUUUAUUCGAGACAUCGACUGAGAACAAUGAAGGAAAGCAGGAGUUCGAUAGCUACGCAGAAUCGAAGAAAAACAACGGCUCUUACGCGUUAAAAACAAAGAAGGCUAUUACUGGGUUGACGACACGUAAAAUGGAACGAAAACGUAAACGUAAAACACGUAAUAAGAUAAAUAAAAAACAACGUAAGCGUCUUAAGCGCCCCCAACCAUUAAGCAAUUUCGAUCCUUUAUUAUAUGUUUACGAUAGCGAAUAUCACUAUAAUGUGGGUUCUGGUGUUAAUAUGACUUUGGAUAUGAAAAACGAUUUAAUCAAUGUUAACUUGGAUACCGAUAAUCUAAAAGAAAUUAUUGACGGACGUUGGCUUAACGAUAACAGUGAAGAAGGUCGUGGCAAAAAAUACGAUAUGAUUACCAAAGUUUUACCCCUCUUUAUAUUGCCUUUCCUGAUACAAUCAGCAAUCGUUCCAUUUUUGGUGACUAAGCUGAAGCUGCUCGUCAUGAAAUCCAUACUCGUUGGCAAAUUGGCUAUUUUCUUGCUUAUACUCUCCGCCAUAAAAAAUAAUAGUAAAUCACCACAAGCUUACGAAGUUGCACCUUCUUACUGGGCUGGCGAGCCAAGUCGUAGAUCGGAAUUGGCUGCAAUCGCGUCCUCUGCAGCUUAUAAUGGAUACCGCGUUGAAGGCAAACCUACCGCUUGGAUUAAUUGAUAUCUUAUUUGAUAAUUUCAUUUGUGCAAUAAA